GUGUUUUAGACAGACUCCUUUCUUUACAUUUCGCUUUUGGACCCAAGUUGAAUAGAAAAUGAUUUGCUUUUAUAGAAUGAAGGAAUAAUAAUUGAAUAAUAUUGGUCAUUUAAAAAAAAAAUGUCGUGAUGAUACACGGGAGUUCAAAUUUAGUAAGACAGACAAAACAGGCGCAUUUUGAUGGCGACGAGCAGCACGACGAUGGCUCACUUGAACUCCCUUCGUUUUUUGUUUUAACUUUUCAGAGAUAUGAGGGGGAAACCAGAGAAGGACAGUUCCACGGGAGAGGGAUUGCCAAGUUUAAAGGAGGCCACACUUACAAGGGCAUGUUCUCUAUGGGAGUUAUGCAUGGGACUGGUGUCUUCACAUGGGCCGACAAGGUGCGAUAUGAGGGAGAGUUUGUGCACAACAUGCCGGUGGGCCAAGGCAAGUACACUUGGCCGGACGGCAGCUCUUACGAAGGUGACGUGUGCAAUGGUGUCAGGCAUGGCAGCGGAACCCACAAAAGUGGCAACGUGACGUACAGAGGGCAAUGGAAUCACAGCAAGAGGCACGGAAAGGGCACUGUGUAUUAUAACCAGGAGGAGACUUCUUGGUACAAAGGCAACUGGGUGAUGAACGAAAGAGAGGGAUGGGGAAUAAGACGUUCUACUUUUACAACGUGUCGACUUCCUCCUAACAGCUACCCUACUGGUAACAUUUAUUUUGGUGAGUGGAAGCAUAACUUGAGAAAUGGAGAGGGCACCAUGCGGUGGCUAAAUCAGGGACAGCUCUAUAUUGGGAACUGGCACGACGGAGUCCAGCAAGGCCAUGGCACACACGUGUGGCUCAUGAAGCGAAGCGAACCCGGAGCUGAAUUCCGUCCCAGCAAUCAGUACACGGGGAAUUUUUUCCAGGGUUACAGGCACGGACCGGGAAUCUUUUACUACGCUGGCGGCGCCGUCUACGAGGGAGGAUGGCAGGACAAUAAAAAACACGGGAAGGGAAAAGUUACCCUCAAGGACGGCUGUGUUUUUCAAGGACAAUUCCUUAAUGACAAGAUGGUGACCCCCAAUAUGACAGCAAACCAAGCCCCCGUUCUACAUGGUAUGGCCGAAUCUUCUCUUGGACCGGACAUGACCGUCAGCAUCGAUUGCGCUUUGGAGAAAAUCCCUGGGAGAAAACACGAAAUUGAGCACAAACAGGUGAGGUUUGCGCUGCUGAGGCACAAGACAGAGCUGAGGUCCAUCUAUCGUUUCUACAGCCGACUCGGCCAACCUCAGAUUCCGGGCGGCGCCUUCCUGUUGUCCCGCAUGCAGCUGUGGCGCCUGCUCAAAGACUGUUACGUCCACCACCGUGGCGUCACCUUGGCGGAGCUCGACCUUUACAUACGAGAUAACCCGGACCCAGCAGAGGUUCACUCCCCCUUCACUCCCAUAAUGCUUAGUCGGUUCCUCAGCUGCCUUGUGAUCAUUGCCUUCCACAUCUACCAUGAGGACAUGGAGUCAUCGAAUCACCUUCUGGCUGCGUGCUUCUCCAAACUUUUGAUCGAAGACAUAUUUCCACAUGCCAAGAAUGUAAAAGGCUUCCUUUUUAAGCCACCAGAGCGAACAAUUGUAGCUGUGGACUUCCUAGGGAAAUGCUGGAAGGUGUAUCAGGCCUACUGCAGGGUCAACAAAGCCCCCAGGGAUGACAGCACCAUGACAAACCGCCAUAUACUAUGGAUGCAUAAGGAUCUCAAUCUUUACGACAGCGAUUUGACCAUCGUGAGGGUAAUGGAGAUCAUCUCCGCAGAGACCCUCGAUCCCAGCAACCUGUCCGCCUGCAUGGAAAAUGAGAUUACAUUUCUGGAAUUCUUUGAGGCUCUUCUUGGCUGUGGCGAGGUGAAGUGUCAGCAGAUGACAGGUCCUUACCCAAAGAUAGGACCAUCUCGAUCCUCUUCAGCACUGGCACGUCAGUGGCAACAAACGCUGGCCCAAGACCGUGAACUGGAUGCUUGGAGUCAUAAGAUCCAUCACUUCUUCAAACAUAUCUUCUUCCCUGCUGUUGCCCUCCUUCAUAUAAUGUGAUAAGCAAGAAGCAACUCGCACAAAAGGGAACAAAAAACAAAUUUAAAAAAAUUGGAUUAGCAAUUAGGGUGGCGGAGUGAAGUACAUCAGGUCACUCGGGCAUGCAGAUGGCCGUAUCUUGUCCUUGGGGUUUGGAGUGAAGAGAAACAAGGACGCUUCAGCUGUCUGGGCCUUCAAAAUACGCACCGAAAUAGAACGCAGUAUGAAUAUACAGUAAGAACAAAUCAAGUUACUGCAGUCUCAUGUUAAUUUAAAUGGUCAUAAAUUACAGAAAUAAAAGUUUGAACCUGUGGUGACUGGGAAGUUAACGGGGGAGGUGCUGUGGUGACAGUGUGCAAAACUGUGAAGAAAGAAAAGACACAUUUACAGUAAACCAAGACAUGUAGUGCAGUGAUGACUAUAAGAGAUUAUUAGGAAAUGAACCAGUACAAAUAAUACAGCUUUGUACCUCUAUCUGUGACAUAUAGUGACGAGCGGAACAAUUACAUGCUCCUCCACGACAUGGCAGAAGGUACAACCAACUUAAAUUUGAAUAAACUGAGACCAGUUAAGCAUUCAUUCAGUUUGCAUAUUUUUUGUGACAUUUGUUUAGUGAGGUGACAUGAGAUUUUUCUAAUGCAGUAUGUGAGUUUACAACAAAAAGCGUGCAUGACCACUGUUUGGGGGGGAAAGAAACAGUCAGAUCCACUACCAUGGUCAAAAUAAGACCAUUUCUAAGAAAAUGCCUUAUCUUGGAAGAAAAACUGUUUUUUUUCUCGUUCCGUCUGUAUACCAAGAAACAAGUAGGGACUUGGUAUCCAUCCAUCCAUUUUCUGAGCCACUUCUCCUCAGUAGGGUGGCGGGCGUUCUGGAGCCUAUCCCAGCUGUCAUCGGGCAGGAGGCGGGGUACACCCUGAACUGGUUGCCAGCCAAUCGCAGGGCACAUACAAACAAACAACCAACCAUUCGCACUCACAGUCACACCUACGGGCAAUUGAGAGUCUCCAAUUAAUGCAUGUUUUUGGGAUGUGGGAGGAAACCGGAGUGCCCGGAGAAAACCCACGCAGGCACGGGAGAACAUGCAAACUCCACACAGGCGGGGCCGGGGAUUGAACCCGGGUCCUCAGAACUGUGAGGCUGACGCUCUCGCCAGUCGUCCACCGUGCCGCCGGUACUUGAUAUGCUUAAAUAAAUAAAUAAAUAAAUAAGAAUAAUAAAAAAGUGACCCCCCCACACUUUUGCACUGCAGUGUAUAAUCCAUGAUGGAUUGAUUGAUGGAUGAAACACUAUGGCUGUUAUUUGGCUAUGGAAACCCAAGUACACAUUCACUGGGUGUGUGUGUGUGUGUGUUUGUGCGCAGCACCUCUACGCAUCAUCAUACCUUCUUUCUGCAGAGUCAGAUGCUCAAAUUUCGCACGGGCGGGCUCUUUCAGUUGGGUGCCGCCUGGAGUCGCAUCCACGAGAGGGCUGAAACAAAGAGAUGGGUCGGUUUCUCUUCGGGAGGGCCGAGGCGAACAUCUGGAGGUAUGGUUGGUGGCACGGCCCAGGGGCGUGAGCGUGCAGUUGGACUGAACUGGCGUGCCGGAGGUCUGUCCCAAUGCAAGGGAGCGACGAAUAACUCUUCUUGGCGUGGCAUCGUUGGCGCAGGGGGAGGCCUGUGGAGCCGCGGCAGCACCCAGUCGGCUGGAUCUUCUCACCCACCCUGAGGCUAACGAUACACAACGUUUCUGUCACGGAAAUCUGGAGCCUUUUAGGUAGUUUCAGUGUUAUUUCAGCAGUGGUGGGAUGUAACGAUACAUAUCGGUACUUCAGUACUGUACUGAAAACAGGUUAUUCAGGUAUCUGUAUAUUUUGAGUU